AUGGCAUCGACGAGCAGCACCGCCUACCUGCUGCCCCUGCCCGACAUCCACCCUGCACGCGAUACAGGAAGCAAGAUCCGCACCGUCGGACACGUCGUCGCCCUCUACGGCCGCAGCCACACCCACAGCCACAGCCACAGUGACGACCCCAACGAGGGCGCGACGGAAGCGAUCCUGACCUACGGCGGCGCCUCUUUACGCGUCGACCUCUCGCUCUGCAUCGACGGGGCGGGGGAUGGCGAUCAACGAGGUGGAUGGCGCAACUACCGGCAACAGCAGCAGCAGCAGCGGCAUGCUGCAUCCUCGGGCGGGGGGAGGGUGUACCCGCCCAAUCUAAAGGCAAGAGUCAUGUGCAUCGGCUACCUUGAACAGGCACCGUCCACGACGGUCGAGCAGCCCUCUCGAGACUGGGAGGAUACGGCGCACCUGGCGCAGCGCGCACCCGCACCGCACCCGGACCACGUGCUGCGUGCGCUCCUCAUCCGGGAACUCGAACACGACUUCGACAUCGACCUCUGGGCACACGCUGCCCGGUUGCGCUCGCAGUUUGAGUGGAAGCGCUCCACCACCGCCAGCAUCAGCGUCAGCGUCGACGCGGUGAAGCAGCAGCAGCAGCAGCAGCAGCCGUUGAGUCGCGACCCUCGACUCGGCUCCACAGAGGCCGUCGAGCGCCAACCCGGUCAGAUUCCAGGGCACAAGGAGACCGUCGAAGUCAUCGAACUCUCCGAUUGA